UCAUUUUUCAAACAUUUAAAGCAACUGUGUAUCUCACUCUCCCUGAAAGACGAGAGCAAAAUGGGCAAACUUAUAAAGUGGUUGAAGGGUUUGUUUACGACAAGGCAAAGCAACGGCGGGCGAUCAGGAAGCGGCGGCGCCACCGCCGCCGCAACCGGAUUGUGCCACAACCCGACCACCAUACCUCCUAACAUAACGCCCGCAGAGGUGGCGUGGCUCAGUUCUUUCUACGGGGGUGAGGAGCACAGCAACCACGCAAUUGCCGUAGCCGCCGCCACCGCCGCGGCUGCCGACGCCGCUGUGGCCGCCGCCCAAGCGGCGGCGGCGGCUGUGGUCAGGCUCACCAGGCAAGAGAGAGGAGUGCCCCUGUUUUGCCGCGAGAGGUGGGCGGCUGUCAAAAUUCAAGCCGCUUUUCGGGGCUACUUGGCAAGAAAAGCUCUACGGUGUUUGAAAGGAUUAGUGAAAAUCCAAGCACUUUUACGAGGCUAUUUGGUACGGAAACAAGCCUCUGCUACACUUCAUAGCAUGCAAGCUCUAAUGAGAGCCCAAGCCACAGUUCUUGCCCAAAAAUCUCCACCGUCCAUCAUCAAUCAUCCACAAAACUCUAAUGACAAAAAUAAAGAAACACGAAGCGGGAACAUUACAUCAGUCCAUAGUGGACGAUAUUUUGCAUCACUUGGAAGUGAAAACGAUGUUAUCACAAAAGUGGUUGAAAUGGACAGUUUGGUUACGCCCAAGGCUAGGAAAUCAAGAAGGUCCAAGACUUGGGUGCCUGAGUUUCAAGGCAACCCGUUUGGCCCUCCACACUCCUCACCACUCCCCUACCAAAUUUCGAACUGUCCAGAUUUUCAAGAUUUAGAUACGAGUCUAAUUAGUGAUGAAUACCAUUUUUCGACGGCCCAAACCACCCCGAGGUCUAAAACUGUGUUUGUAGAACCAUAUUUUAGGAACUACGACGAGGGUUAUCCCAAAUACAUGGCUAGCACGCAAUCAUUCAUGUCAAAAUUGAGGUCCCAAAGUGCCCCGAAACAAAGGCCCGAGCCAGGGCCCAGGAGGAAGAGGGUGUCACUAAAUGAAAUGAUGGAGUCAAGGGCAAGUCAAAGUGGGGUUAGAAUGCAGAAGUCAUGCUCACAUGCCCAAGAAGUAAUGAAUUUCAAGAGUGCUGUAAUUGGGAGGCUUGGUAGGUGCACAGAUUAUCCAUACAUGAAUUGACAUCCUAACGGUUUCCAUUCAUAAAGAGGAAAAGGGACAAACUAAUUAAACCUCAGCUUCAACUUGCACAUAUUGGAUAGUCAUUGCCCGAGGUCAGCUUGGUAUUCCAUGUAUUUUUUAUUUUUUUUAUUUUUUUUUUGGGUUUAAGAACACCUUUGUGUAAUAACGACGUUUAAGUGUGGGUGUGAGGUUUGUUGAUUUAUUAUGUUUGACGAUGAUGCUAGAUUCGAAAA